UGCGGUCUCCCAGGCAACUCCUCUGGAUACCUGGAGCCCUCAACAUGCCUGAGCAGAGCAACGACUACAGGGUGGCCGUGUUCGGGGCAGGGGGAGUGGGCAAGAGCUCCCUGGUCCUGAGGUUUGUGAAGGGCACGUUCCGGGAGAGCUACAUCCCCACAGUGGAGGAUACCUACCGGCAGGUGAUCAGCUGUGACAAGAGCAUCUGCACACUGCAGAUCACCGACACCACAGGCAGCCACCAGUUCCCGGCCAUGCAGCGGCUGUCCAUCUCCAAGGGCCACGCCUUCAUCCUCGUCUACUCCAUCACCAGCCGGCAGUCGCUGGAGGAGCUCAAGCCCAUCUAUGAGCAGAUCUGUGAGAUCAAAGGGGAUGUGGACAGCAUCCCCAUAAUGCUGGUGGGUAACAAGUGCGACGAGAGCCCCAGCCGCGAGGUGCAGAGCAGCGAGGCUGAGGCGCUGGCGCGCACGUGGAAGUGUGCCUUCAUGGAGACCUCGGCCAAGCUCAACCACAAUGUGAAGGAGCUGUUCCAGGAGCUGCUCAACCUGGAGAAGCGCAGGACCGUGAGCCUCCAGAUCGACGGUAAGAAGAGCAAGCAGCAGAAAAGGAAAGAGAAGCUGAAGGGCAAGUGCGUGGUCAUGUGAAGGCCCCGGCUCCCCCGUGCCACAGAGGGGCAGCUGCGCCUGGUGGCGCCCCUCCCCAGUAUACCCUCCUCGUCUGGGCAGCAUGUCUGAGGCCCACAUGUGACACAUUGCAUCUGCCCGAGCGCGGCCUCAUGUCCCUACCAGGGUGGUCCACACCACUCUACCAUCGGCCACCCUUCUCUGGAGCCACAGACCUGCCUCCUGGCUAAAAGGAAAUGCAACAGUUCAGGCCAGCUGGGAGAGGUGCUAGCCACUGCACUUGUGGGCAUCUUUGGCCAUUAGGAGGUAGGAGGACUGGACCCCAGGGAAGAAGAAUAAGCGGAGGGGAUACAUGUCAUCUACAUGUGUGUUGAAACAUGUUAGCCCUGAGUUACAGGUACCAACCCCACACCAGGCAUCUCUCCCUACUCAGAAGCCAGUACCAUCUUGCGGGGGUGGGGUAGUGAGAAGACCAGCUGGUCCCAAGUGGACACAACAGUUCCCUUUCACAGGUUUUUAAGUGGACCCCCAAAGGAUAUGCGUGCCCCAUCCAUCCCCCCUUCCUUUCCCUGAGGGGAUGAUUCACCUUCUGUAGAUCUAGUUACCACGCAUCUUAGCUGAGUAGAGCACUUAUUUUCACAUGCAGCGAUGAGUUCACUUAUGGUGUGCUCUUGUGUCAGAAGUUGUUGUUCAGUUUUUGAGUAAAGGUAUUGUGACAUUCUUAAAACAUCGCAAUAAUGUUCUUGUGUGUUACACUUUGAGGGUUUUAGAAAUGUGAAGUUUCUUUCCUUUGGUCUGGGAGGGCUAUAUCUUCUUCCAGCCCUCAUAUUUUUAAAUAAAAGCAAAUAAAGUAGCUAUUUUUAAACUUUUUUCCCCUUCUCAGACAGGUUUCUUCUUUUAAAUAACUUGGUCAGUACCCAGCUGGGUAGCAGCCAACAAAGGCCCGCCAACAACCAGAAGCACAUCCAUUUUUCUAAAUGACACAAACAUGUACGUGCCACAUUUUGCACCUCAAGGAAAUACUUUGAAAUAUAACGUGUUCACUGUGUUUUUGAUGAUCCACCUAUCUUGGAAUACACUCCUGAAAAUGCAUUGAAUUAUUAGUUCUCUUGCACAUUCCACUCUACUUGUCCUCUAAGAGCUGUUCAAUGCAGUGUUUGCCCAAGAAAACAGCUGUCUUCUAAUGAUUGUGUGUACAUGCUUAAUUCUUCAGAUUAAAUUAUGCCCCUGCUGGCUUCCAUGCAUGGUGUGGCGAAGGUGGCAGCUGCAGAAGGCCUGGUGCUCUGUCCUAGGUGGAGUCCACUCAGCCCAAUGCUCCGCUGCAGCUCAUGGAGUCUACUUGAGCUCUGUUUCUUGAAAGUGUCCUCAGCAGAGGCUUUUGGUUCAAUUGGCAGAGCUUAGCCUGCUGUCCUACUGGACCAUCCUCUUGGCCAUCUUUCCUGUUGCCCACCCACCAGGCAGAGAAAGCUGUAGUCCUACAUGAGUCUGCAGACAGAGCCUUUUGUCUCUUGAGCAGAAGUGCCCACGCUGGGCAGUGCUCCCAAGCUGGGGUAGUUGUGUGUACCAUCUUCUGUGCCUGCUGUGUUGACUGCCCCUUCUGCACAGGGCUUCCUACAGCAGCCACAUGAUCACCUCGGUCCUCCCCAGCACACUGUGCUCUCAGCAGAUUCUGGUUCCCUCCAGCCCUCUCUAGCCCUGCUCCCUUGCUGGGUCUCCUCUCAGCACCACCUUGCUCGCUCUGGUGAUGUGCAGUGUGUGGGUGACCUUGGAGCAUCUCUUGGCUCCGUGUUCUUCCCAUCUCAGCCCUCUAGGACAGCCUCUCUCUGACUGCACUGGAAAGGGACAGCUGUGCAGGAAAGGGACAUUCACAGUGAGAAAAGAAGGGCUGGGCGUGGAGCCGUCGGGAGCUCAGCCUGUGGCUAGUUCCACACUCUUGAAAUCCCUCCUGGGGGCUCCCAUUUCCAGUGAGAUCUAGCAGCCGGCUUUUCUGCAGCAUCUCUUCCUGUUUGUUGCUGUCUUGUUUCCACUUCUAUUCUUAGAGAUGAUCAGUUUGCCAUUUGGGUGUGAGCAAAGUGGAAGUGGCCACAGAAUCUUGCGGCCAACACAGAGGGCAGAGAUUUGGGUAUGUUCUCUGCUAAAAGCAAAAUCUGAUCCUCACCUCCAUCUGUCAGGUUGGUGAGACUUGUAUUGUGAGUGCUUCCUGCCGAACAUCACACUCCUACUGAUCAGGAGCCAAGAUUUCCUUCAGUCCUGUGAAGGCAGUUUCCACAUUUGUUGUAACUGUUUAGGGCUUUAUCAAUACGAGAAGCUGAUAAUGACUGAGAAUCAGAUCUCAUUCAAGAUGAAGUUUGUUCCUUCAUGUUUCAUACAUGAGUUUAGAGGAAAGGAAAGCCAGGAGGACCUCCACUCUGGGUCUUCACUCUGAGAUCAUUUCCUAUGAACUGGAUGGAGGAUACCAGUGGUUCUUUCAACAUCAUCUUUUAGGGCUCCCCAACUGACUCAGGGCUUGAGGAGUUAUUAUGUAGUGCUGGGUCAGAUGACUUUCAGCAUUUGUUUGGUUCCACCCCAAAUACGGAAUUUUUGUUCUUGAAGACACAUCCUACAUUGUACGCAGGCACAGAAGUUUCUGAUCCAGCCCCAGUAAGUUAAAAACUCAAAAUAUUGCUUUGAAGAUGGCAUGGUGGGAUUAAGCGUGGAGCUCCGUAAGUUGCCCUGCGUCCCCGUUGCCCCCUCUCCACCCAGCAACAAGCCAUGGGCCUGCAUACAGUGCAGCAAGACCAACACAGAGCAAUACUGAAUUGUUCAUUAUAUCUAAAAUUAUAUAUAUUAUAUAAUUUAUCUUCCUGCAUUUUUGAAGUAUAAAGUAGUAAAUUGUACAUAUCUGUAAGCUAGUGUAUUUGUUUCACUGUUUGUAAUAUUUACGAAAUGUUCAUUCUUUGUAGAACAAAAAAUGUAUUAAAUAUUUUUAAAAACUGCUCUGUAAUACUUCUUCCUCCCAGAUUUGUAGUGUGUUACUCCUACACAAACUCUCUGGAAACCCUGUAACUCAUGGGCCACAUGGAAAUCCUUGAAGACACAUUCUGGAGUUCAGCAGUCCACAAGCCUGUAUGUAGACAGUAUUUGCAGAGCGUGACUUUUGUACGUGUGAGAUAUCAACAUGUAUAUAUUUAAGGUGUAUCUACUGUUACAAUUCCAUUCUCUAUUAUAUUUUAUUUACUCUCCAGUUACAAAACUCACCCUUGCAUAUGAGUUUCUAGUUGCAGUGAUGUUCUGGAAAUGAUGGAACAUGUUACAAUAAAGCUCAGUUAUGACGCCCUGGC